AUGACUCCAAUUCGAGUGGGAAAUUCCACUGAAACUGGUCUCCUCGAUGAAUUUGAUAAGACUUCCAGUAAAGUGUCUCCUCUGAUGCAAAGUAUCAUUAUUUUUAUCUGUAUGCUUGGCUUCUUCAUGAUUUUGUGGCUUAUUGAUCGCCUUUUCUGGAAACACACUAAAGUGCUAGGGGCCAAAGAAGAUCAGUCCGAUUUCGACUUCGUGAACAAAUACUCGAUGGCGAUGGGGCCACGCAUAAAUGUUGGAAAACUUCGCACACUUGCUACGGCCAGUUCAAAUGUGCGUCUAUUCGAAAUCUCCGACACUGAUAUGGCGAAGGGGCUAGAGUCUAUGCAACGUAGCCAUUCGAUGCUCAUGCACAGGCGACAAUCAACUGCAUUUUUCAAACGACGUGAUUCUACCUCUAGUAAUAACAGUAACAAAAGUCACUCAUCACUAUCCGCCGAAAAGAAAACUAGAUUUAACUUCAAAGCUUCCCGCUACAUGUGGAAAUCAAUGAGGACAAGCGACAACUCGCUGCUUGGGGAGCCCGAUCAAGUUCUUCCAAUAAGCAGGGACAGCAGCAUCGCCAGAUCAACCUACUCUACGCGCAGAGCCAGUAUCUGUAUCGAGCCUGGUGAAUCAAGCAUUGCCGAAGUAUGA